UCUCGCUCUCUUUUCCUCGCUUGCUCGUCCACCUGUCUGUCAAAAAAUGUGAAUAUAGGAUUGGAAUUUAUACAGAUUUACGGUUAACUGUAAUGGUAUCAGGGCCACGUGUCGUUUGGUCAAGUCGAAACGUACGGCCGAUGUGCGAAGUUCCUUGAGCGGUGUAGUGCGAGCGCAUACAGCAUUUAAUAUCCUUUUUUAAUGCGACCAUGGCACUCCGUAAGGUGAAGGGGAACUUUGAACGGAUGUUUGACAAGAAUUUGACGGAUCUGGUGCGCGGAAUCAGGAACAAUAAAGAAAACGAGGCAAAGUACAUUGCACAAUGUAUCGAGGAGAUCAAGCAAGAGUUGCGGCAAGACAAUGUGGCAGUCAAAGCCAACGCCGUGGCCAAGUUGACAUAUCUCCAGAUGUUGGGGUAUGACAUUAGUUGGGCUGGCUUUAACAUAAUAGAAGUAAUGUCGUCGACCAAGUUCACUCACAAGCGAAUUGGUUAUCUUGCUGCCAGUCAAAGUUUUCAUGCGGAAACAGAGCUACUGAUGCUAACAACAAAUAUGAUUCGUAAAGAUUUAAAUAGCCAAAAUCAGUAUGACGCUGGUUUAGCACUGAGCGGUUUGUCUUGCUUUAUAAGUCCAGAUUUAGCACGUGACUUGGUUCAUGACAUAAUGACAUUAUUGACUUCUACAAAACCAUACUUACGCAAGAAGGCAGUUUUGAUGAUGUAUAAAGUAUUUUUGCGGUUCCCCGAGGCCCUGAGGCCCGCUUUUCCUAGGUUAAAGGAAAAGCUUGAAGAUCCAGAUAGUGGUGUUCAAAGUGCAGCGGUAAAUGUAGUUUGCGAAUUGGCCAGAAAAAAUCCAAAGAAUUACCUGAGUUUAGCGCCUGUUUUUUUUAAAUUGAUGACAACUUCUACGAACAAUUGGAUGCUCAUUAAAAUUAUUAAAUUGUUUGGAGCAUUGACACCUCUAGAACCUAGGCUUGGCAGAAAGUUAAUAGAACCCCUUACCAAUUUGAUACACAGUACAUCCGCAAUGUCUUUACUGUACGAAUGUAUCAAUACAGUAAUUGCUGUAUUGAUUUCUAUCUCGUCUGGUAUGCCAAGUCAUUCUGAUUCAAUACAGUUGUGUGUUCAAAAAUUGAGAAUACUAAUAGAAGACUCUGAUCAAAACUUGAAAUAUCUGGGAUUAUUGGCAAUGUCGAAAAUAUUAAGAAAUCAUCCGAAGAGUGUGCAAUCUCAUAAAGAUCUAAUUAUGCAAUGUCUUGAUGACAAAGAUGAAACUAUAAGACUGCGUGCCUUGGAUUUGUUGUAUGGAAUGGUUUCCAAGAAAAACCUAAUGGAGAUAGUUAAGAAGUUAAUGGUACAUAUGGAUAAAGCCGAAGGCACUAUGUAUCGCGAUGAAUUACUCUCAAAGAUUAUUCAGAUUUGCUCACAAAAUAACUAUCACUUCAUUACCUAUUUUGAGUGGUACAUAUCUGUAUUAGUGGAACUUACGCGAAUGGAAGGCACCAAGCAUGGACCAUUAGUAGCAACUCAAUUACUUGAUGUAGCAAUUCGUGUACAAGCUAUCCGAAAAUACGCGGUUCAACAAUGUGCCUUAUUGCUUGAGAAUUCAUAUCUUUUAACCGGCCAGCCAAGGGCAACAAUGUCCGAAGUUUUAUAUGCAGCAGCAUGGAUUUGUGGAGAAUUCUCUAGACUAGCUGCAACGACAUUUGCCAAAGCAGAAAAGGAGGAAGAUACUGAAACUAUGGAAAAGAUUUACGGAUUGAAAGACAAAAUAGCAGCCUUUGUUUGUAGUGGCGACUUGGAAGUUCAAGAAAGAUCAAGUUCUGCAUUAGUACUAUUAGAAUGUUUAAAAGAAAAUCCUGGUCUUGCGCAAGAAUUAAUCAAGACAUUUGAAGGUGAACUUAAUCCAGUUGCACCAAAGGCUCAAAGAAAAGUUCCAAUACCUGAGAAUUUAGACUUGGAUUCCUGGAUAAAUGAUCCACCUUCGGAGAGCUCGGAUUCAGAGGAUUUAGACAUGAAUGAUAUUUUCAUUAAGACAGAUAAACCGAAUAAUUCGUUUUCCAAACGGGAUUCGAAUGAACCAUCUUUGGAAGAACUCGAGAGAAGACGUGAAGCAAGAAAACUAGAACAAGAAAAUAAUCCUCAUUAUCUAAAAGGCUCAUUUAAGACUCCUACAUCAUAUCACAAUUCAUCGAACGCAUAUGAAGAUUUUGAAAACAUUCCUGUCGCGGAAUUAGACAUCCCAAUCUCUUUAAAAAUUUCUAACUCUCACAGAUGUCGCGAUAUAAAUAGCAGUCACAAAAGACAUAAAAAGCAUGAAAAGAAGAAGAAAUCGAAGAAAAAUAAAAAUAAAAGAUCUGCAUCGGAGGAGGAAGAUGAAAAGGAUGAUAGUUUACCACCACAAAUAGUAAAUACUGGAAUUGGAGAAUUACCUCCGGGUGCAGAAAUAAGUGAUAGUGAUGAAUACGAUUUAGUAGAUUCAAAUGAUCCACAUAGAGCUUUAAAUAUCGAUUUGGAUAUGCCUUUACGAGAAGAUGAACGAUUGCCUGUGUUAGAACAUAGAGUUACUGAAAAUAAAAUAACGAAGAAACUUGAAGAAAAAGAAAAUAAAAAGGAAAAGGGACAUAGAAAGUCUAAAAAAAAAGUUAAGAAUGUCAUGGAAAACGAAGUGAUGAACGAAAAGGAGCCUAACUUGUGGUUAGAAACUAAUUCGUCUCCGGAGAAAAUGCAAUCUUCUACUGUAGGAGAAUACAUAGAGGUAUCCAACGAAUCACAAAAAGAUAGCAAACGCAAGAAGUCGAAGAGUCAAAACAAACACAAAAAAUCCAAUGACGAAGAUGCAAAGCAUAAAAAAUCGAAGAAAUCAAAAAAUAAGAAGGAGAAUAAAUCAUUAGAUUAUGAGGAAACUGCUGGAAUAUCUACUCCGUCAAAAGAAAUAUUACCAGAGAUAAAGGACGAUAUUAUGAAUAUCGAAUAUAACACAAUUACUGAAAAAAUACAGCAAGAUAUUUCUUACGAAGAAUUAGUCAAAAAUAAGGUCCUUUCCAUGAGGUAUGAGCUGAGACAGAUCCCUGACGACUCAAGUAAAGUUAUCGUAUCAAUUUGCAUUACAAAUAUAGGUCAGCCACUAGUAAAAGAAUUAGUCUUCGAUGUUCCAGACACAUCGUCACUCAAAUUAGUUAGGAAUCCUGGAGAUGAAUUUGGAAUAAAACUGCCGUUCCAACUGCCUCUGCAAUCUAGUAAAGAAACUGAGUUCACUGUUCUAGUCUCGGACGUGACGUUUGCUCAGAGACUUAGGGGUACAUUGACGUAUAUGUUUGAAAGUAAAGAAGGAACGCAACAAGAAAAGCUCGAUUUCACUGUGCCCUUGUCAUGUAGCAAGUUUAUGGUCGGGCAUCUCUCUCACAAGGAUAUACUCACGGAACUUCUCAAAAGUGGUCAAUUAGUAUCUAAAAUUAAAAGAGAAGUAAUGCCUUCUCAGGACUUUGACACGGUCCUAAAUAUUAUUUGCCGCAAAUGUAAUCUCACACUCGUGGAGCAAAUUGAUGAUACUGCAUCUUUAUACGGUCAUUCUCUGAAGGGACAUCAUGUGUGCCUUUUGUUAAAAUAUAAUAGAGCGACGGAAAAUCUAGUAAUCGAAGGUAAAGGUGACAAUAACUCAUUACUAUCGGGAAUUGGAGAGGAGAUCUUCAGGCUCUUGACAUAAUACUGAUCAAGUGUCUAUGUUUUGCAAUUAUUAAUUCCUAUCAUGCAUCGCAGUUAUAUUGAACUUACACUGGGCAGAGGAACACUUCGAUUGUGUCCACUAUACAUAAAAUAUAGAUAUGUAGCGACUAUAGCGUAUCUGCAAACCGCGCGAUUAAAUAUUUUCGGAAAAGAUCUUACCUAAACUACACGUGUAAUCUAGAUCAUAAAUUUGUUAAAUAGUUAAGAAGUACACACACACACACACAUACACACACACACACACACAUAUUAUACUAUGCAUAAAAAAAUACACAUAUGCAUAACACACAAUACAAACACACAUAUGUACAUUUCUAUAUAUGUGAAGCGCGAAGUUUCGUAAAGAUACUGUGAGAAAAGGGAGAAGGAGAUAAAUUAUUGCCAAGAA